CUGCAGUUGCCCUGCCACCACACCUGACCACUGGGCAUGCUGGCUGGGGCUGAUGGGAGUCCCAAGCACAUCUGGAGUUACCACAGCAGAAGGGGGGUCCUCUUUCUCAGGGGCUGAGCCAGCGAGGAACAUAGUGCGUGCUAAGUCAUGUGUCCCGCCACUGAUGUGUGCUGCGCCCCCUAGUCUCCCUCAGGAAUGGGGAACCUGUUCCCCCUCCAAUGCUGCUGGACUCCAGCUCCCAUCAUGCCUGAUCAUUGGCCAUGUGGGUUGGGGCUGCUCGGAACUGGAGUCCAACAUCAUCUGGUGGGUCACAGUUUCCCCAUUCCUAUUCUACCAGCUUUUGCAGUUCCUUAACGGACAGGAUUUGGGCCACUGCACCUUUCCUCCUUGGUGUGCUGCAGUGAUGGGAGAUGAAACACAUGGAGAACAGCUCAGUGGCAGCGCAUCUGCUUGGGGAAGGUCCUUGCUCCAAUCCUGACCACCUCCAGGUUGGACUGGAAGAGACUCCUAUCCGAAAAGCUGGAAAGCCUCCAUCAGCAUAGACAAUAUUGGGAUAGGCAGAUGAACAGUGUGACUUGGCAUACUUCCUAUCUGCCAACACUUCCCCUGCUGCACCAUUACUAAUCGUGCAGGAAGCCAGUUCUAAGUUUUGAGGACUCUUGGACAAGGUCCCCAGUGGGUCUCCUUCAUCUUCCCUGCUUCCACUGCCCAUUUAUUUGCUUCUCCCUUGAAGCCCAACCAUUUCCCAGAGAAAGGAUAGCUUAGAUAUGCAGAGGUUACUGCUCUCCAAGACAGGGCAGAUCAGGGCCAGCCCAACUCAUUGGCACCUGAGGCAGAUUCCAAAAUGGCGCCCCUUUUGUGAGGAAACAAGGUAGGAAGAAAGACUACUCUUGGGAUCUGCUACCCUAGUGGAUCCUGCCACCUGAGGCAGUCGCUUCCCCUUGCCUCAUGGGGGGUGGGGUGGGGGUGGACCUGGGGCAGGAAGAAAUAGCAAGGAGGCGGCACAGCAGAACUAGGAACAACCUGAGAUUGGUGGCUGGCCCCCUCUUGGCGUAUGAGACUCUGCAGGUGACUGCGUUGAAUCGGACAGCCUUCCCCUCCCUAGACAUUGUGAGGCCUGAUUCCCAAGGCAUCUGUGAUAGUGCAAAGUGCUUGCAGUUUGGGACCCACAAAUCGGAGACAGCCCAAAAUGUUUUGGUACCUCAAGGCAGAAGAUCCAAAUGGUGAGACUCAAUAGUUAAAUCAUUCACCAUCUGCUGCCUUUUAAUGGUAACCCCAAGAUUUCACCUCUGGUGUCAGGGCGGGCCCAAGACAUUUCGCUGCUGCAGGUGGAGCAGCAAAUGGUGCCACCCUCCCAAGUCUAGGUGACCAAGUUAUUUUGGCACCUGAGGCAGACAAAUCUUACAAGCACCUCCCUCCCUGGCAGUAAAGAUGCAAAAUAACAAGGAAAACUUAAAAGAGCCAGCAACUUGCUGCCCAGUUAUGACUCUCCGAAUUAUGUGCCUGAGCAAGCUGCUUUACACUGUUUUGUGGUCAGGUCAGCCCUGUCAGAGGUGAGCUGCUUCAUCCUGCCUAACAAUUGGGCCGGCCCUACCACUGACCUGAGCAGCUACCUCCUACAGAGUCAAAGCCACUGGUCCUCCUACCUAAGUACUGUCUAUACAGACUGACAGUGAUGCUCUAGGGUUUCAUCCAGGACUCUUGCCCAGCCCUGCUUGGAAAGCCCCUGCACACAAAACGGAUAUUCCCUGUCAGCGAGCGGCAGCCUUUCCAAAUGACAUGCACAAGGUUAGUGAUGUGAGGUUAUUUCAAGUGGGUGUUCUAUAGAAUGUCAAAGGGAAGAGAGUCUAGUGACACAGACAAGGCAGUCAAUUCCUGUCAGAAAGCAGAGUGUGGCAAAUGACACCCUUUCACAUCCCUGGCCAUUACCAUGGCCUUUGGCCAGGCAGUCACAGGGGAGUGCGGAUGAAAUGCAGUUAAGCUGCGGCAAGAAAGCUUGCAAUGGAUGAAAGCUGCGUCCCACAUGAUUCUAACACAAUUUCAGUUCUUUAUUUAAGGAACUUAUGCACCCUCCUUUAUAAGGGAUGGGGGAAGCGCUGUAGUCUAAACUACUGAGCCUCUUGGGUUUGCCAAUCGAAGCUCAGCGGUUUGAAUCUGCGCGAUGGAGUGAGCUCCUGUUGCUCUGUCCCAGUCCCUGCCGACCUAGCAGUUCAAAAGCAUACCAGCAUGAGUAGAUAAAUAGGUACCGCUGUGGCGGGAAGGUAAACAGCGUUUCUGUGUGCUCUGGCCUUCAUCACAGUGUUCCGUGCACCAGAAGCGGUUUAGUCACGCUGGCCACAUGACCCAGGAAGCUGUCUGUGGACAAACUCUCACUCCUUCAGCCUGAAAAGUGAGAUGAGCGCCACACCCCAUAGUUGCCUUUGAUUGGACUUAGCCAUCUAGGGGUCCUUUACCUUUACCUCAUCUUACACCCUCCUUCAUAAGGUUUACAAUGCAAAUUAAAAUAAAAAGCAACAAUAAAAGAUACAGCUGAACAAUUUAGAUCAGUAAAGCAAAUGGCACUAUCAAAUCAUGAAUAAAACAGCAAAGCAAAAAAAAAAAUUCAGACAAGAAAACGUAUUGCUAGCCUUCGGCUUAAGAGGUAACCGAAUGGGAGCAGGAAGCAUUUAAGAGCUCAACACUUGGCGUUUUCUUUAACUCAUUUUCACGUGAACAGUAGGAAGGAGGGCAGGGCAGAGAGAUGUGGCUUGGGCGUGAGGCGAUGCACGGAUACCAUGCACAUCCUGUGUGGGGAACAUUGUGAGAGACAGCACAGCGUUUGUCUGUGUGCAAUCUGGGUGUCCUUGUGUGCCGUCGUGUCUUGCGUUUCUGUUGCUGUGUAACUAUUCUCGCAGCAGCUUGUUAGUUGCAGAGGUCCUUGUGUGUGUGUGUGCUUUUUCCCUCAUGCACAGAAACAGUGUGUAGCAAUGCGAAAGAGCCUUGGUACAUAGCUGCUUGCCUGAUAUGCCUUUGCAAUAUGCACAUUUGUGUACGUCCACAUACCUCUGUCUUUCCGCUGGCUUCACCUGCGACCACCUGUCCCUGAGAACCCUACUUCCUGAGUGACCCUCGCCCUGUGCUGCCGGCAGCUGCCCUUCUUCUCUGCCUCUGCCAGGGAACUUGCCUGCCAUGUGCUGUGGGGGUGUACUGCACUCCCAGCCUCCCUUUGCUGGUGCUGCUGUGGACUCCGGCGGCUGCUAGAUGUCCCAGCAAGCAGGACAAUGUUUGAAUGCCCGGGUCUGAGUCCCGGAGAUGCCAGGCGGCUCCAUGUCUGCGAGAGAACAAACCUGCUUCUUGUUGAAUUUAACACAGUUUCUUGUUCCAGCCGGGAUGCCAUGGAAGCCGAGCUGUGGACAGGACAAGGCUGCAGUGCCCCCUGGAUGUACCACAGUGUGGCUGGGCAGUACACGCUCUUGGAGAAGCAACUCGUCUCUGAUUUUUCUCCCGCUCGCCGUGGCCUGGGCGCCCGCGUCCUGCAGGAUUCAACCAACUGGCACGAUGCUCAAGUCUUCCCGCCUCGCUGGGGCCCGCGGAGGCCGGAGGGCCGCUGGUUCUCGGGGAAGGAUCCGAGCAAGGCGGCAUCUCCCCCCAAGGCGCCAAGGCAGCCCAACCCGCCUUACGACGGGCUGCCCCCGAUGUGCAGGAGAGACGUGAGCAGCCAGGCGGCAAAGGGCGCCGCCGACGGCUGCAGAUGGAGCCGAGGAGCCCCCAAGAGCAAGGGCGAGCUCCCUGCCCGGGCCCCUCCAAGCUACGAGGCCCACAUGCUGCUGCGUCUCCGGGCCGGGCCGGGCCCUCGGAAGGAGAACUGGCCUCGCCCGCCGCCCUAUAUUGCUCCGCCAUCCUACGAGGCGCCCCACCGCACCGUGCAGCCCAAGCAGCGCGCCAGCAAGGAAGCCUCGACGGCGAAGCCCAGCCAGGCGGAAGCCCCCAAGAAAGGCCGCGGGGGAACCAGGAGAGCCUGCGAGUCCGGGCCGGCGGGGUGGAAGGCAGGGCGAAGCCCGUCGAAGCUGCCUGGCAGCUGGAGCUACCUCUCCGGAGCCACGACGUGGGGAGGAGGCUUCGGGGCGCAGCCGGAGCCAGCAGGGUCCCGCUACCCUUUGGGGGCCUGCUGGGACGCGAGCCCCCAGCACCGGGGCCACACCCUGCCCAGGGCAACGAAGAGGGGCGAGCCUGGCCGACCCCACGCUGGCCGUCCCCUCCAGCACACGCUCCCUGCCGGCUGGGGCUUCAGCCACGCAGCUGGCUGGCCUGAAGCCGCCGCCGUCGAAGGUGAGAGCAGAGCAGCGGGCGAGCGGCGUAGGGGCAGCUUCCCCAAGUGGAAGGAGCCGGGAGGGAGCCACGCUCACAGAUCGACGCCCCGAAGGCGCGGAGGUCUGUUUGUUAUUGACGCCACGUGCGUGGUGAUCCAAGCCCACUACAUCCCGCCCCCUCGGACGGAGCGGGUCCGCUACCUGGGCCGCGAAGAGACCGGCGCCGCCCCGCCCCCCGGCUCCCCGGCCCCGGCGUCGAUGGAGGAGCGAGCUGCUCGCAUCCUGGGUCUCUCCGUCAGCGAGCUGGGCUUCGCCGGGGCGGGAGGAGGAGGAGGAGAGGCCCCGGGGCCAGGGAGCCCUGCGCGCGGGGCGGCGGGGAGCUGCGCGAGCGACGCGGCUCCCUUCGGGGAUGCGCGUGCAGUGGGGCAGCCUCCGGGGCCUCCUUCGGCCCCGGCCAGCCCCGCGAAGCCCUUAGCAGCCCCCGACGGGUCCCAGGCUGGGCCUACGGAGCUAGCCGGGCUGGCGUGCCCCAGCCAGAGAGAGGCAGCCGCUCCUGGCCAGGAAGGCGGCUGCCUGCCCCGAGGCGGAAAAGAAGCCGAGGCAAAGCCCGCGCUGCCCUCGCCAAGCAGAUCCUACGUCCGGGAUCUGAAGGAAGCCAUGUCGAGGAUCCGCCGGCACACGGCGCCGGAUUCGGACACGGACGAGGAGCUGGAGCAGGAGCAGGAGUGGCAGCCGGCCUCCGGGCGAGCAGCCUGGAAGCGGCGGCUGGGCGAAGGGGCCCUCUGCUACAGCAGCAGCAGCAGCAGCCUCGACAGCAGCAGUUCCAAUGCCACCGUGGUGCCCGGGAGCGCCCCCCUUGGCCUGCGGAAGGGGCCCGAGUCCGGCUGGGAGCUGCCAGCUGCGGGGGGAAGGGGCUUGAGCCAGGCCGAAGCAGGACCACAGCCAUGAAAUGGCGGAGAAGAGAGACUGUGACACCCGCGUCAGAGCCCCAUACCCGCCAGCACCCCCAACCCACCCCGUCUCCCAAGUGCCUGGUAUCCCUAUGCCUCUGCCCAGCUCCUUCUCCUUGCCACAGGCUCAGGGACACACGUGUGUUCAGGGCCCCGGAGUGUGGAUGUGGAAGGAUAUAAACGUAGUUGUAACACUUCCCAUAUCAGGUUCUGUACUCAAGUGUGUGUUUGGUGUAAGAAUGGAGCCUACAUGUUCAGAGGCAGUAUAUCUGAUUACUAGAUGCUAGGGAGAACCUAGAGGAUAGCCAUCGCUGUAACACCCUAUAAUGCUGAAUCUCCCAGGAACCUCCUUGCCCGGCCUUAGUUCAGGGAUGGGGAAGCUUAGGUCUCAGGGUCAGGGCCAAUUGUGGCCUUCCAGGCCUUUCUGCCUGACUCUCGGGACUCUCUCCUGGCCACACAUCCCACCGGCUCCUCUGCGCACUCUUCUUGGGUGCUUUUGCCAGCCUGGAGUGUGUUGCUGAAUACUAGCAAUGCUUCUUGCUUGCCUGGACAGAGGGUAGAGAGGGCUGCCCGAGUGCACAUAGAAACUAGGCACCUGCACAAAGGUAAACAUUUGUUGCUCCACCUACUUUUGCUUCUGACCCCGCCUCCAUGCGGCCCCUGGAUAGAAGGGAAUGUGGCCCUUGAGCUAAUAAAGGUUCCCUGCCUUAGCUGGAGACAGACAAGAGCGGGGAGAGCAGGUCCCUUUGGUUUGAUCAGGCAAGGCUGUCCUUACAUAGCAGGGAUAUUUCCAACAAAGCUACCAAGAUGUUUUCCCCCUGCUUUUCUAUGUCCAUAUGAUUAUUGCGGUCCAUGUGUGCCAGGUAUUCAGGAACUAAUAAUAAUAAUAAUAAUAAACGUGUCUUUCAAACACAGAAGCUGGAUGAUGCGUUCUCAGUUUGAUUAAGCCAAGAGAUACAUCAUUUCCUCCGAACACCCCAAAGAAAUACAAGUUAAGAUCCAUACAUCAACAUUUCAGGAGAGAAUUAAUAGAAGAAUG